GCCGUCCUCUUGCCGGGGUCAGAUGAUAAUCCUGAAGCUGUCUUCUACAGCUUCUGCGUGCCGGGCAGUCUGGAAUGGGAUGGUAAGUGCUUCCUGAAGCUUUGUCGCGACACAGAUAUUCUGGACGACAGCUUCACCGCCGUGGACGCGGACCUCACUUUUGCGAAGGCGCUCCGGAAGGGUCAGCGCCGCCUCUCCUUGCCGCAGCUGCGGGAGGCGCUGUGCGCAGUGGCCGAGAAAAAGUCGGUACCACCCUCGGAGCUGUUUGAGCAGAUCGCAGCCUGUUCCGGACCGCGUCUUCAGGGUACCAAGGCCAAGCCUGUGCGGCUCCACGCGGCUCCUACUGCGGCGAGCGUGCCAAUGGCCAGCUUGGAUUCGUCGAGAACGCUUCCGACGCUGAUGUCGCGAAAGCCUUCAGAUGGACCCUCCUCGGCGCGCAGCAGCGGCCCUGGAUCAACGAAGAUUCUCGCUACGGCAGCGCAGGCCGUUGUGGCAGCUUCUCCGUCGCUUCGCCAGGACGGCACCAGCUCGUACCAGGAGGUCUUCAAGGCCUUUUGCGGUACCGGCCGACGGGCCAUGGAUGGACCCUCCUUCUCCAAGCUUUGCAAG